AUGGAUCACAACCACGGAGGCGAUUCGGGCAUGGCCGAAUGCAAGAUCUCGAUGCUCUGGAACUGGUACACUAUCGAUGCCUGCUUCCUCAGCUCGUCGUGGCACAUCACGACGCACGGCGCCUUCGCGGCCACGUGCAUCGGCGUCAUGCUCAUGGUAGUCGUGCUCGAAGGGCUGCGGCGGCUGGGCAAGGAGUACGACGAGCACAUCCAGCGGGACUUUCAGGCGCGCAUGAGCCUCAUCGUUAAUAACGGUGGCCAGCAGCAAGCUUGCCCAGCUGCACCCGAGUCGGGAGUCGCACCACAAAUCGUCACGUUCCGCGCUUCGCCGCUGCAGCAGUUUGUGCGCUCCCUCAUUCACGCGGCCACAUUCGGCCUGGCCUACCUGGUUAUGCUGCUCGCCAUGUACUACAAUGGGUACAUUAUUAUUUGUAUCCUGCUCGGGGCGCUGCUGGGCAAGUUUCUGUGUGAUUGGAUGACCAGAACGGUGGUGAUUGGCGGCGGGCCUGACCCGGUAGGGACUAAUAAGGGGGUGAAUAAUGGUGCCGCGGGGAUUGAGGAGCCGACGGUAUGCUGCGGGUGA